GUACACCUAAUUAUUUCCCUCUCGCUCACCCUAUCAUCUCCGUUUCAUCUCCCGCUGAGCUGAACUGUCGCUGUCUCUCUGUCCUGAGCCGCGAAACGAGCCGUUUCUCCUGCUCGCUCACUUCAUUCACCGAAGCUCUCUCUCUGUGGCUUCUGCUCUCUUUCCCGUCUCGUUGCUUCAAGUAACAAACCAGCUACCGGAGGAGGCCAUGGACUGUCCGUACAGGGAUCCCCGCACGCCGGUCGAAGCUCGGAUCAAGGACCUGCUCUCGCGUAUGAGCCUCAAAGAGAAGGUCGGCCAGAUGACUCAGAUCGAGCGGCGUGUCGCCACCCCCGAGGUCAUCAGAGACUUCUCCGUUGGAAGUAUACUGAGCGCCGGAGGCAGCGGACCCCGCGAGAAUGCGGUGUCAUCUGAAUGGGCUGACAUGGUUGAUGGUUUUCAAAGAGCUGCGCUCGAGUCACGGCUGGGGAUUCCAAUUAUAUACGGGAUCGAUGCUGUUCACGGAAACAAUAGCAUCUAUGGUGCUACUAUAUUUCCUCAUAACAUAGGUCUUGGAGCUACUAGAGAUGCAGAGUUGGUCGAAAGGAUCGGGGUUGCAACAGCUCUUGAAGUUAGGGCGAGUGGCAUUCCUUAUACUUUCGCACCUUGUGUAGCCGUUCUCAAAGAUCCCAGAUGGGGGCGAUGUUAUGAGAGCUACAGCGAAGACACAGACAUCGUGAGAAAGAUGACAUCAAUUGUAACAGGCUUGCAAGGAAAGCCACCCCCAGGACAUCCAAAGGGUUAUCCUUAUGUAGCUGGAAGAAACAAUGUAAUUGCCUGUGCCAAGCAUUUUGUUGGAGAUGGGGGCACUGAACUAGGUAUAAAUGAGGGGAACACCAUGGCUUCUUAUGAGGAUUUGGAGAGGAUCCACAUGGCGCCUUAUCUGGACUGCAUCGAUCAGGGGGUUUCUACAGUUAUGGCGUCCUACUCUAGCUGGAAUGGGCGCAGGUUGCAUACAGACCGCUUUCUUCUGACCGAGGUUCUAAAAAAUAACCUUGGUUUCAAGGGCUUCGUAAUAUCUGACUGGGAAGCACUGGACAGGCUCAGUGAACCCCGUGGCUCAAACUACCGGAAUUGCGUCUCCCUUGCAGUCAAUGCAGGGAUAGACAUGAUUAUGGAGCCUUUCAAAUAUCAACAAUUUGCGGAUGAUUUAUUAGCUUUGGUAGAAUCAGGAGAAGUACCACUCGCUAGGAUUGACGAUGCUGUUGAGAGGAUACUGCGAGUCAAGUUCGUUGCUGGACUUUUCGAGCAUCCUUUCUCUGACAGAUCUUUGCUUGGCAUUGUUGGUUGCAAGUUGCAUAGAGAACUGGCACGUGAAGCAGUUCAGAAGUCUUUGGUUCUUCUAAAGAACGGGAAGGAUGCUGAGAAAUCUUUCCUUCCAUUAGACAAAAAUGCUAAGAGGAUCCUUGUUGCCGGAUCACACGCCGAUGAUCUUGGUUACCAAUGUGGAGGAUGGACUGCAACUUGGCAUGGUACCAGUGGCAGGAUUACAAUCGGAACUACAAUCUUUGACGCAAUUAAGGAAGCAGCAGGAGCAGAAACAGAAGUUGUUUACGAGCAAUUCCCAUCAGCAGCGACCUUAGCAAAUCACAGCGAUUUCUCUUACGCCAUUGUUGCAGUUGGCGAAAGUGCUUAUGCAGAGUCCCUUGGUGAUAACCGAGAACUCACCAUCCCAUUCAACGGAAAUGCGGUGAUAAAUUUCCUUGCUGGAAAGAUGCCCAUGCUCGUGAUCUUGGUCUCUGGGAGACCCUUAGUCAUAGAACCACAAAUCGUGGAGAAGAUCGAUGCUCUCGUCGCAGCUUGGUUGCCCGGAACUGAAGGGAACGGAAUUACAGACGUUAUAUUCGGGGACUGCGACUUCAGCGGACGAUUGCCUGUCUCGUGGUUUAGGAAGAUUGAGCAACUUCCAUUGAAUGCCGAGGCUAACUCUUACGAUCCUCUGUUUCCCCGGGGCUUCGGACUAACGUAUGGCAAAGAAGAGUAGUCCAUGGAUGCCCGAGAAAUCCAGAUGACUUUAAAACUUCUCAAGUUUCAUCCCGUCACAGGUCCCGCUUAAGCUUCUUCGCAAAGGCCCCUGUAAGAUUAUUAUUUUUCAUUUCGGUAGCCCAAUGUAACUGUGCUAGCAUAUUUUGCACAGACCCAGCCAACGUGAUCAGGUCUAUCAGUAGCAAAUAACGGAAAAAUUAUAUAUGGUUCCGGGGCUGUACCGUACCUUAGGCUCCCCAUCCAAUGUCCAAUGGUGGAUGGAACCUCGGUACCGCAUCGGGGUCGGUUGAAGUUCCCAGAAAUUAACAGCCUGAGAAGCUGAAAUAACUGUCAUUUUUAUAGUUAUGAACAGUAGUACUCUUCAUGUACAAUGGGAACUUCUUACUGUGCAU